AUGGGCUCGCAAUCAAGGCGCGGUGCUGACCAGCAGUCCGCAUCCACGUCCGCAGCCGGCAGCUCGAGCAGCGCUCCCACGGACGAUAGAUCUGACUCUACAGGCUCACGAUCAGGGCCACCAUCAGAAGGACGUCUGCCUUCGGUUCAGCACGAGUCCAAUGUCCUAUCAAAGCAGCUCGGCGACUUAGGUUCCUCCCGCCGUCAAGACCGCAAUCUCGCGGACCAGAAAGGCAUUCUCACGUCGGAAGAGCACAAGCUUGGUGAUCUCAAUGUAGUCGCCGCGUACAAGGCACACUUUCGCGAGUCGCCUUUCGAGUUCCUCCAGCAAUUCGUUGCCUAUGGUCAAGGCACAGGCUGGCGUGGCUAUUCCAACUACAUUGGCGCGCCCAUCCUAUACAAGGGCUGCGCUGAGGAGAGCAUUCGAGCCGUGCUCAACAGCGAUCAAGUGCAGGAACGCAUCCGAGCGCUGGCCUCCAGUCGCGUAGACCAUCUCCUGCCAGAGCAACCGCCGCUCUCCCCAACGGGCCCCAACAAGACGCAAAAGAACCUAGCCGUCUUCAAAGAACGCAAGAAGCGUCAGAUAGAACAGCAGCUCAGAGACGAAGCGCUCGCUAUCCUGCAGGUCAGCGUGGCACGCGUCGACUCGCUCCCUUUCGUCAAGUUCUUUGCCGCCACGGUCAACAACAUUCUCGCGAGAAUGUACCACCAAGGCAUUCACAUCAGCGUGCCGCAGGUGCUCGAGCUCCGACGAGUCGCUGCCUAUGCAGCUGAGCGCAAGCAAAGUAUUCUCUUCCUACCAUGCCACAAGUCACAUAUCGACUACUUGACAGUCUCGUGGCUCAUGUUCCGACUCGGCAUUGGACUGCCCCACAUCAUUGCUGGAGAGAACCUCGACCUGCCGGUGCUGGGUGAUGUGCUCCGCAAGGGCGGCGCGUUCUUCAUUCGCCGAACCUUUUCCGGAGAUCAGUUAUAUCCUGCGGUCAUUAAGGAGUAUGUAGAGACGCUCCUUGCCAGCGGCAAGAACCUCGAAUGCUUCAUCGAAGGCACACGAUCACGCACUGGCAAGCUGCUUCCACCCAAACUCGGAAUUCUCAAGUAUGUCGUCGAGGGUCUUCUCAACGGACGCACCGACGAUGUCUGGAUCUGCCCCGUUAGCCUGCAAUACGACUCGGUCAUCGAAUCAGGCACAUACGUCUCCGAGCUGCUGGGCAAGCCAAAGGAGGCCGAAUCGCUUCUCGGCCUGCUCUCCGACAGCUCGUCUCUGUUGCAACUCAAGAUGGGACGCAUCGACAUCCGCUUCGACACGCCUUGGUCGCUUCAAGGCUUCAUCAAGGAGCAAAAGGACCGAAGAGCUGCACCGGGUCUCAAGGGCGAAAAGGUAGAGCUCGACCCAGUCAACAACGAGGUCCACAAGGUCCUGUUGCUCAAGGCGCUCGGAUACCGCGUUCUUGCCGACAUCAACAAAGUCUCGGUCGUCAUGCCAGCUGCACUGAUUGGCACGGUGGUGCUCACCUUGCGAGGUCGGGGUGUUUCGCGAAGCGAAUUGAUCCGCAGAGUCGACUGGUUGCGCUCUGCCAUCAUCAAGAAGGGCUUCACUGUCGCCGACUUUGGCACGAUGAAGACUGGUGAGGUGGUCGAUCGUGCCCUCAACACUGUCAUGAAGGGCCUCAUCACUGAACAGAAGGACGUCAUGGAGCCGACAUUUGUGCCCGACAAGCACUUCGAGCUCAGCUUCUACCGCAAUCAGGUGAUUCAUAUCUUUGUCUCGGAAUCGCUAGCAGCAGCCGCGCUUUAUACCAAGGUCAAGCAGGGCGGUACGGCGCCGAUGCAAAGGAUGACGCGGAAGGAGCUGUUGAACGAGUGUAUGUUCAUCUCGUCGGUGCUGCGCAACGAGUUUGUCUUUGGCGUCGACACGCUCGAGACCAAUGUGGAUCGCACCAUCGACGGCAUGGUGGCAGAUGGUGUGCUGGACAAGCAUGCCGACAUCAAGCCGGAGGACGGCGGCUCGAUCGAGCUCAGCGCCAAGGAGCGCGAGAACGGACGAGAGAACUACGACUCGUUCCUCUUCCUCAUCUGGCCCUUCAUCGAGGGCUACUGGCUUGCGGCCGUCUCGCUUUUCUCGCUCAUUCCCAAGGGUGCCGAGGCACACGGCUAUCCGACCGACAAGCUGCCCUGGUUCGCAGCCAAGGACUUUGAAAAGCACACGCAGCUGCUGGGCAAGACCCUCUACGCUCAAGGAGAGCUCUCGUACCUCGAGUCAAUCAACGCUGCUACCCUGUCGCAGGCUUUCACGCGCAUGGAAGAGAUGAGCAUGAUCCUGCGCAAAAAGUCGUCGCACCAGAAGCCCAUCCCCAUCAUGGCGCUCAAUCCCAACUUUUGGCCCUCGCAGACGUCCAAUCUGGCGGCGUACAUCGACCGGCUCUCUCAAUUCCGUCGCGAGGGCAAAGAUCGUCGAGAGAAGAGCGUAGGCGCCAAAGUGCGCCAGUACACGACGAUGUAUACCCCCUCGGUCGUGGAGGAGUCCACCAUUAAGCAGCGAGAAGCACAGCUCUAA